AACGUGAAGGGCGUGGUGUCGAUGGUUAAAAACCUUUGACAUGUUGUAAACACAACAGUUGAACUGUUUCCAAUUUUACAUUUUAUUUCUUUUAAGCGUUGGUUCGGACGUUAUACUUUCCAACUUUUUUUUUUAUCAUUUUGCUUUAAUAAAAUGUUAGACGUUUAAAUAUUUUAAAAAAUGGGAAAAACUCUUACUGGAAAGAUCUCGACUGGCAUCUUCGCCCUUUCGUUCCUGUUGAUUUUCAUCGCCUUUUGUACUCCACACUGGUUGGAAACGGACAAUACACAGCAAAACCCAAAGUUCCAGAAUCUUGGCCUUUGGACUGUGUGCUUCAAUAAUUUCCAGGACCCAAGAUUUUGGUAUGAUUAUUCAUUUAAUGAGUGCUGGUGGGUUUUUGAGGAAGAACAUUACAUAAUAUUUGACUUCAUAUUGCCCUCUUUUUUCGUGGCCGUACAAUUCUUUUUCACAAUUUGCUUCACCCUGCACUUGCUAUCUCUGCUCUGUGUACUUCUCUACCUGGGCUGCAGUCGGGAUAACGACAAGUUCAUCAAGCUCCUGGGAUUCUUGGGUGGAGCGUUAAUAUUAGCUGGACUUUGUGGCACAGUGUCAGUCUACCUUUUUGGUCUAUAUGGAGACGGGAGGGAUUGGAUGCCCGAUUGGCAGCACAAUGAGAUCGGGUGGUCAUAUGCGCUUGCCGUUAUAGGUGUAAUUGGAACUUACGCCUGUGGUGUACUCUACCUCGUUGAAGCCAGGCGGUAUAAAGGUAAAGGUAAACGCGAUGAAAGACAAUUGCAAAGUGAUUACCAUAUGGAUGUAAGAACUGAUAUCCGUACACAGAAGGGUAAGAACGUAAGCGUAUAUUAAAUACGGUUUAAUUUCAGCAGUGGCUAGAAAUAUGAAUUUUUAGAUUUAGGAAUAUAAGCAGAAAUCAAGAUCUGUUAUUUUUUUAUAACUAGAUUAUAAAGUAUGUGUCUUAUAUUUUAAUUUUUAGUGUAAUUAGCAAAUAUUUAUUAUUGUACUUGGAUUAUCUAUGUAUUUAUCGCAUUUUUUACACUCAUCCGUCCAAUGGAAAAACUUUCUUAAUAAUUUAUAAAAAUUAAUUUUUUUAUAUUUAUACAUGUAAAAUUGUGUCUUAAAACAUAACAUUAUUCGUCCAGAGAUAAAGAUUUCUUAAUAAAUUCAAAUAAGUUUUAGGAUUUAUAUACGUAAAAUUUUUACUUAAAAUGUAACCUUAUCCGUCCAGUGACCAAACAGUUUUAAUAAUUUCAAAUAAGAAGUUUUGGGAUUUAUACAUGUAAAAUUAAAAUGUAACUUAUCCGUCCAGUGACAAAACAUUCUUAAUUAUUUCAAAUAACAAGUUUUGGUAUUUAUACAUCUUAAAAUCUAACAUUAUCCGUCCAUUCAUGUGUGUUGUUAUAAAAAUUCUACACAAAUUAUGUAAUGUUUUUAACUGAAGUGAAACAAAAUAUUUAAUAUUUUUAUACUUUUAGAAUAUAGUAUUGUUUAAAUUUUAAUAACCAUAGUUACAUUGUAAGAAUAUAAUGUAUUUGCUAGUUGUUAAAUAAUCUGAGCUGCUGUUAUUAACAAUAACAAGCUUUUAACAUGUUUUCAGUUUAUGCAAUAAAGAGAUUUUUAUA